AUGGCGCCCUGCGGCUUCGGGCCCGUGCUCGACGCGCUGAAGGCCGCGGACCUGGAGACGGAGGAGUCGGUCGCGCACGCCGGCUCGUGGCUUGUCUGGCGCAUCCGGAGGCAGACCCGCCACCCCAGGCUCUCCGAGGCGUUCCCGGACGGCUUCUUCAUGGUGACGGAGUGCGACCUCGCACUGACGGGCCUCGGCGUGCCGGAGGAGGUGGACAGCUGCCGCGCUGCGCUGCCCCCGCUGUCGGGCGUGCUCGGGGAGCCCGCGGCGCUCGAGGCUGGCGGCGCUGGCGGCAAUGCGCCGCUGAGCCCCAGCUUCCGGCACGGGAUUCUCGAGGAGCGGCUGCAGCCCCUGGGCGUCGCGGAGGCGCGGAGGCUGCUGUCCGAGGUCUCCCGGCGGCGCCUGCGGCUGGCAGCGCCGUUGCUGGUGGCCGUGCAGGGGGAGGCGGCCAACGACCCUGCGGGCCCCGGCCGCCUGAUCACGUACAUGGGAGUCCAGACCGGGGAGGCGGAGGGCAAGGAGAACGGCGCCCCGGAGCCGUGGGGGCCCAACGUCCGCCAGGCCAUCCGGGUGUCGCGGCCUCGCUUGGCCUCCGACGCGACCAUCGGGGACGCCCUGCUGCGGUCCCGCAGCUGUGCGAAGGGCGGCGAGGUCCGCCUGCGCGCGCGGUACGACCUCAGCAUCGCCCCCGAGCGGGGCAGCAGCGGCGGCCUGUGCGGCGCCUGGGCCGGAUGCCUGCCGGCCGAGCUGCUGCCCGGCCCGUUCAUCUCCCUGGCCAUCUCCUGGGGCAUGCCGCGGGAGCGCGCCGAGGCCGCGCCGCUGCUGCAGGGCCCCGCGGCGCUGAGCUCGAGCGCCGUGGUGCACAUGCGCUGCAGCGACAGAGGCGAUCGCGGACGCCGUCGCGUCGUUCAUGCAGGACCACGGCGCCGCCACAACCUCCGGGAGGGCAGCCUCGCGGGCGGCGGGGGUGGUACCAGGGUCGCCCCGCGCGCCACUCCCGUCCGCGCCGCCAGCGCCCCCCCCGCUGGCUCGGCCCGCGAGGAGCGCCCUGGCCGGGACUUUGUGGACCGCCUGUGGCUGGACGCCGCCGCGCGCUGCGCCAGCGCGCAGUGCCUCGUGGAGCUGGUGCAGGCCGUGCUCGCGUGGCUGGGGCGCCCCGGCAGCGUGGCCCCGUUCGUCCGCAGGGAGAACGGCACCGAGGUGGCGGAGCUGGUGCGCACGGCGGUGAAGAUAUCCACGCUCCGGCGGUACGCCGCCUCGCCCGGGGGGGCGCAGUUGCAGGACUUGGCCGCCAGCUGGGAGGAGCGGCGGCGGCAGCUGUCCACGGUGGAGGCCGUCGCCCCGCUCGUGCUGGGCAUGGGUGUGGAGUGCCUUCGGAGGGACUUCGUGCACGUCAUCACGCGCCGUGGCUACAUCAUGCCGCAGGACCUGGACCACUUCACGGACGCGUCGAGGCCCGUCGAGGUGCAGGUGGACCGGCUGCAUUGCCUGCACCGCAUGGCGGAGCUUGCGCUCAUGUGCACCAGGCGCAUGUGA